AAAUAAUUAUCUUUUUUGAAGAGUUUCGUAAAUUUCCUGAUAAAGAUAAAGGUGAUACAAGCAAAUUCAAGUCAUCUGCAUUGGCCACCGUACAGCGCUUGUGCCAUGUCGGAAACGGUAGCGAGACGGGUGCUUGGCGACCUAGUAAAAACAUCUGGCUGUUACUCGGUGGAACAAAUUACUACUAUCUUCUACAACCGCGACGGCAAGUACAGCAACAAGCAGCUCUCCGACCAUUUGGCGCUGUUACUGAAAUCUGUUCCGAAUGGCAGCAGAUAUGUGGAGCUGUUCGUUAAAUCCAAUUUGAAGGACACUUAUGCGACACUCGUUCUGGUGCUGAAUCGUCUCUCGAAGGAUCUUAAGGACACCAAAAAAACAACACCCAAUUUACAACAGCAACAGAAACUGCAACAGAAACAACCGCAGCAGCCACCGCAACCGCAACAACAAACGGGUGGCGGAAUUGGCGUGGAACCGGUCCAAAAGCGUGUGUCGGUGUUCGAAAGCCCGCCGCUCUCCUCGACGCGCAUCGUCACCGAGCAGGUGACACCGGAAAAUGUCCAAGAAAUCAAAGAGAAGCUCGUCCAGGCCACAACCGGUGGUGGCGUCUGUCGACUCUCGUCGUCUAACGUGGGUUCACUCACCGCGGCCAACAUCCUGUCACUCGGUCUUAAUCAUCAACCCCACCGGCAGUACUUCGACUUUUCGCACCAAAAGGCACCGAUCGUCUCGUGGAACUUUAACUACGACGAGCUGUACCCAUUGCAGAGCAAAAAUGUGGCUGCCAUUCCGAUGGCAUCACAAGAACCGAUCGUGGUGAAGGAACUAGUCCGAUGUCUGGUCGCUUUGAAGGGCUCGCUGAUUGUGCCACAAAAACCGCACUCCCCCUCGGAUCCGCUGGAGUUUCUACUUUCGCCUCAGCUGGCCGAUUCUUGCCGCGAUAUGGUCAAAGAGAUAUUGCCCUUUGCCGCCAACUUCUCCUGCGUGCAGCAGUUUAUCGAGGAGUCGAGCAUUCUCGAGGGUGGCCUUGUCCUGCAGGCACUCCGAUCCGUACUGAAAACGCUCAUGACCGAUUACUAUCUCUCGAUUGCCCAGCUCGACGAUUCGCGCUUUCAACGGCAGGGUGAACUUACGAUGCAGCGAUUGCUGCAGUUCCUUAAACCGCUGUUCCCCACGAUGGAAGAGCUAGCGGCCACCGUGUCCGAGAUAAGGGCCACAAAUUGUCGGGGCGGACAGGUGUUAACGUUGCUGUACGAUCGCAUCACAGCCACCAGCGGUACGAUCGAGGCACAGCGUGUCCUGGAGCGGCUGAUCGAAGCGGCUGCUGUUCCGUUCAUGGAAAUGUUGCAGCUGUGGAUCCAUCGUGGUGUCAUCAAUGAUCCACAGCAAGAGUUCCUAAUCGAGCACAGUGCCAUGGAGCUGAGUGAAAAUGAGCUGGUUGACUACUGGGAGAAACAGUACACGAUCCGGCAGGAGAAGGUGCCCUGUUUUCUGAUCAAGUACGCCGACAUCAUCUUGCGAACGGGCAAGUACCUGAAUGUGGUUCGCGUCUGUGGCAGUGCGGAUCUGCAGCCAACCAUUUCGCCAAUCAGCAAACCGUUCGGGUACCGGCAUGCGGAUCAGUCGUACAUCGACGCGAUCGAGGAAGCGUACAACUUUGCCUCCUCCUCGCUGCUGAAUCUCAUUAUGGACAAGUACGAUCUGAUGGGCCGACUGCUCUCGGUCAAGCGCUACUUUCUGCUGCAGCAAGGUGAUUUCAUUACCGAGUUUAUGGAUGCCGUCGAGGAGGAUCUGCGCAAGGAUGUGGACAGCUUACAUCCGAUACGGAUAGCGAAUCUGCUCGACGUGACGCUCGGGCUGUCCUCAGCCAAACACGAUCAGUAUCACGACGAGCUAAAGACGACACUCCUCUCGUACGGCAUCGUCACGCAGAUGUCGAAAAUCGUGGAUAAUGAGGACGCGUUCGGCGAUCCGCUUGGCGAUACCUCGCAGCUGAAGGGCAUCGAAUGUUUCGCCUUCUCCUACAAGGCCCAGUGGCCCGUCUCGAUCGUGCUGAACCUCUGGACGAUCUCCAAGUAUCAGAUGAUCUUUCGUCAGCUGUUGUACCUGAAGUAUGUCGAGCGGAUGCUGUGCCGCGUCUGGAUCGACAACAACAAGACGCGUCAGCUGUUUGCACCCAGCACAGCGAAGCUGUAUCGAUCCGCAUUUACGCUGCGCCAGAAAAUGUUGAUCGCCAUCCAGAGUUUCGAGUCGUACAUGAUGAUUGAGGUGAUCGAACCUAAUUGGCACAUAUUUUAUCACAACAUGAAGCAAGUUAAAAAUAUCGAUGACGUACUAAACUAUCAUCAAGAUUUUCUGGAUCAAUGCCUGAAGAACUGUAUGCUCACCACGCCCGAGCUGCUAAAACCAAUCAUCAAUCUAUGCAAUAUUUGUAUUAAAUUUUGCGACUUUCUCGCGGAAUCGCAGCGCCAUUUCGUUGACGCCGAGCUGACCUGCAUGCUUGCGUCGGGCGAUGAUUACUCGCUGUCUUCCGAGUCUGAUUACGAACAAUACGCAUCGCAGGUACUUGCCGUCCCCGAGGGACAAUCGAAACCCAUCUCAUGUCAUCCCAGCACAGCAUCGCCAGGGGUCUUUGUGUCUCAUUCCUGCAGCCUCAUUCAGUUGCCACCUAACAACGACAAUAUGCGUUCAUUGGGAGUUUCAGGGGACCAUAUUUCAGCAACUAGCAACCACCACGACCCUCCACCAUUACAGCGCACCAUGAGAAAACAUGCCUUCGUUACCAUGGGAAUGUGGUGUCACCGUUUUAACGUGAAUAAUGAAAGCAUUUUGCAUGUGUUCCGCCAAUGCUAACUGAAACGAAAUUAACUGUUUAAGUAUCAUGCAUGUGAUUGAUUGAGGCAAAAAGGGUUAACUAGUUUUUGUUCAAAUGGAAGGACUUGUCGGACAUGACGCAGGUUAUCGUUCGGCGCGCUUUUGCUGUUCCAACAUUGAAACGGAGGAUAAUAAUGAGAUUUUCUUUGCCACCAUAACAUCUAUGACCUAACACGA